ACGCCUCCGCCUCCGUCAUCGUGGCAGUGGUUUGGUGAUGCUCUGAGCGGCAAAAACGACAGAAGACGGUUAUCUCGACCAACCUAACAGCAUGGAGGCUAAAACACCUUCGCACGCAUCCACAUGACGUCAUCAGCCGGCGCCUUUAUUUACUUCUGGUCCGGUUAGCCGCUGCCCCGCUGCCCCGCUGCGAUGGAAGUAAACAGGGACGAAGCGGAGCGCUGCAUUGACAUCGCAACUGAAGCGUUAACCAACGACCAGCCCGAGAAGGCGCAGAGGUUCCUGGAGAAGGCACAGAGACUCUUCCCGACAGAGAAAGCCAAGGUGCUGCUGGAGCUAAUAGCAAAGAAUGGAUUCACACCCAGACAAGGCGGCCACGCAGACUUCAGUGGGGUCUCAGGACCUCGACGACGGCAGACCAACAGUGAAGAUACCAGACCUGAGGAAAAGCCUUCAGAGACCUCAAAAUCCUACACGGCAGAUCAGCUAGAUGCUGUGAGGAGGAUAAAACAAUGUAAAGACUUCUAUGACAUUCUUGGAGUUAAGCCAGAUGCCUCUGAGGAUGAACUGAAAAGAUCAUAUAGGAAACUCGCCUUGAAAUUCCAUCCAGACAAGAAUCACGCUCCAGGUGCUACAGAGGCAUUUAAAGCCAUUGGGAAUGCAUAUGCAGUUCUGAGUAAUGCUAAUAAAAGAAGACAGUAUGAUCAGUGUGAAGAUGAGAGGAGGCAUCCUUCGCAACAAGGCCCAGACAAUGGAAACUUUGAUCCAGAUAUUUCGCCUGAAGACCUCUUCAAUAUGUUCUUUGGAGCGGGCUAUCCUUCAAGCAACGCUAACGUGUACACUAACGGGCGGAUGCGUCACCAGAGGCGCGAGAGAAGGGAGCGGCAGCGAGAUGGAGGCCUCGCUCUCUUCGUGCAGGUCAUGCCCAUCCUCAUUCUUGUUAUUGUGUCAGCCCUCAGUCAGAUCAUGGUCAACAGUCCCCCCUACAGCCUCAGCUUCAGGCCGUCAGCAGGGUACACACAGAAGAGGCUGACUGAGAACCUGAAGGUGCCAUAUUAUGUUGGGGAGCAGUUCUCCAAGGAGUUCACCGGAGUGAUUCUGAAGAAUUUGGAACGUACGGUGGAGGAUGAUUAUAUUUCCAACCUUCGCAACAAUUGCUGGAAGGAGAAACAGCAAAAGGAAGGCAUGCUGUACAGAGCUCGUUAUUUUGGAGACAGUGAUCUGUACCAAAGAGCGCAGAGGGCUCGCACGCCGAGCUGUGCCAAGCUGUCCGAAAUCACAGCUUCAUUACAUGGCUGAGGCCGCUUUCAUAAUUAAAAGUUCUCAGAAUCAACACAAAACAUUGGCUGUAAAUAGAUGAGCUUUAACAAUCUGGAAACUGAGGAUGACUCAACGAGCAACA